UAUGAAAAACCUUGACUAUCUGUCGAUCUCUCUCCAAUCUUUCAAAAUGGUGCUUCAUUCUCGCGGGUUUCUCGCUAAAUAAAAUCAAUUAUUUUAAUUAUGAACUAAAAAUUUUAUUUGUAAAGUGUAAAAGGAUUCGAGAAAAUUUGUAAAAUUUUGAGUGUUGUGUUGUAAAUAUUAAAUUAAGUGUAAAAAAAAUUGUACAUUGGCUGAAAUCAAUUUAAAAGUGUGAUGUUUUAGCAUAUUAAUUGUUAUUUACGGUGUCUUACUGUUAAAAUGUCUGUCGAUCAGCAUCAGUGAGGGCGGGAGCAGCAUGGCCGCCCAGGCGGGACUCAAGCACGCGGCCACAGAGCACGCCGCCCUGGACGAGAAACGUGAGAGACGUCGCGGCGCGGCGGGGCGGGCGGCUGCUCUGCGCAGGGCCCCGUCGGACUCGGACUGCUCGGGGGAGACGGCCUCCCUGUCGGCGGACAGCGGGGACAGACCCGCCAGGCCCCCGCCGCCCGCCGCCAGGACCGCCAAGAAUAGGAGAAGAUUCUCUAUCAGCAGUCGGCGGCGAGGCAGCGAGUGGGAGGUGCUGGAGGGUCUGAAGGACGGCCAGAGGUUCGACAGGAGGCCGGAUGUGUUCAACGGCUACCUCCACAAGAAGAGGAAGUGGCCGCUCAAGGGCUGGCACAAGCGGUUCUUCGUGAUAGACGGCGGUAUCCUGGUGUACGCGCGCUCGGCGGCGGACGUGUCCCGGGGCCGGCUGCACGGCUCCGUGGACGUGGGCCUGUCCGUCAUAUCGGCUAAGGCUCGCCGCAGACGCAUCGACAUCGACGCCGAUGAGUUCAUAUACCACCUGCGGGCCAAGACGCCCGACGUGUUCCGGACCUGGCUCAAUGUGCUGAAAGCUCACCGGUUGUAUCGGCAACACUUGCUCACGUUCGGCGCCCGGGAGUCGAUCCCCAAGAUCCACGCGCCGGCGGACGAUCUCCCCGCAGACACCUCCUCACGGAACAAGCUCUCCAGAAUCUUGUACAAUGAAAAAGUUUCAAGCGAAUGGGGAACGAACAGCUUGGUAUACACGCUGUACGACGUGCAGACAAGCUAUAAGAACGCGUUCAACAAACGACCGUCAGCGAAGUACGGCGGCAACCGGAACGCCGCACGAGACAUGUUCACAGUUAUAGAUGACAUGGAAAAGAAUAUACACAUGAAAAACAGAAGACUAAAGUCCGCUCACCGCAAGGAGAAGACGAAGAGAAACGAAAACAUAACUCUGAUGAUGUCGAUCAAUGAAAAACAGGAGCAUGAAAAUAAUGCGAGUCAUAUGACAUACUGUAACAGCGCCUGCUCCUCCGAAACAUCCUUCGAUGAAAAAUAUAACAGACACAACCAUAGUGUGGCCGGCGCGGAUGGAGCCGACACCCCCACAUACUUCUUCUUCUCCAGAAAAGAAAACGGAGAAGAUAAACCAUUGAUAAGGAGAAGUAAAAAGUGCACGAACGUUGUCAGAUACAGAAACAUUCAAGACGAGCCGAGACUCAGAAAACCUCUGAGUAGGGUCAUGCUGUUGACUAAAUAUAAACUGAUGCAGUACGACUCAUUGACACUGAACGACGGUGACGAUGACGUCUGCACGAAACAAGUCGAUAUACAAACAACACCAAGCAAAGAACACAAAGAUAUACAGAACACGCUGUCGCCAGAAGACUACGACACCAUCGCCGAGAAACUGAUGGUUUCAGUCGUCACCAAUAACAGCAAAGACUCGUUCACCAAAAACUGCAUAAACCAGGUCAUCAGGGAGUUGUAUGAGAUAAAACAGAAUGAUACCGGAGACCAUCCCGUCAGGAACUUGUUCCGAAGCCUGUUAGAAUAUUGGUUGAAUAACACCUCCUCCGAAAACUGGAGAAACGGCACUAAGAUAACUAAAUCCAUCCACCGGCCAUCUAAUAGAUAUUUUACAAGAGACGAGCCGACAUCGAACAUUGCCGUACCACAAACAUCACGAUCCACUCAGUUCCGUGGGAUAAGUGAUCUGAUUAAGGAUAAGGCCUUUGAGAUCCCCAUUCAAAACCCUGGAAAGAACAACAGACUAGCGUGCAAAAUAAAUGAUAGCUUCGAAAAAGAAAGACGAAUACAAGAACUAGAAAGAAUACUUAAAAAUACAAUUUACAUCUGUGAAACGGUUCAGAGCAAUCACAGCAGAGAGAAGGACAUAAAAAUGACCAAGAAAAUUAUUAACAGCCUCGAUAAAUUCCCAAAUGAAAAUAAUUUUAGCAAAUCAGACGAAGAAAGUGCAUGCGAUAACUCUAAUUCAUCCAACGAACUACCAAAGUUACAAGAAACAAUAAAACAUCUCAUUAGCGAAACCUCCAUACCACCCGACGUAGCCAAAGAAUUCUUUGGCGCAUAUUUGAACCUCCUCCGACAGGGUCACAGUGAUGAAGAUACCACUUCGUCUUCUGAAGAACAGCAUACAGAUGUGUGUGCUAAGUGUGAUAUUAUAGCUGAACCUGUAAAUAAGAAACUCUCAAAGGGGAUUUCGACCAAAGAAGACGCAUCCCCAAGCAAAGUUCAGGGUGGUGACCCCGGAGAGUUGUAUCUUAAGAACAUACUCGAUACAAUAACAACUAUUUUCUCUAGAAAUGUUAUUGCUAAUGCGAAGGGACAGUACACUAAAGACUGGACAGGAAGGAAAGUUCACAACGAAAUGGGCUGCUUUAAAAAAGUCAGUUGCGGAGAAACUUCAGUUGUCAUAGAUAUAUCUAAAUACGAUCUCGAGCAUAUAUCACUGAAAAACGACCCAUCAAUUAAAGGACUGGCUUCAAUUAAAAUGAAAUUAAAAGAGAAACCAAUGUACUCGGGGGAAAGCAAGUCUAAGAAUUUAAACUUUAAGAUCACGGACGCAUCCGAAAUUGAUGUAAGUGAUAUAUUUCCAGUGAAGAAUUCCGAAUCCGAUAGAAUGUUCUGCACGAAAUCUGCAAACUGUAAAUCACUAACGCGAGUCUCCUACCGGAAUGUGCCAAAGAUUAUCGAUAGAGAAGCUAUAGAGCUACGACCUUAUCUGAGCAGCCACGAGGGGAGCGACAAAAUAAUAUUGAACGACAUAAAAAUCAAACGCUGUUCUAGUUUAAGUUGUGGAAUAUCCGACGAGUACAGAUCGAUGGGGUCCAGCAACAAGGCACGGGGGGAAAGUACAGAUUCGAAGAAGAACACGUAUGAUGAAGACAUGCAGUCGUGUUACAUUCUAUCAUUGAAGAAAAGGAGAUCACUCACAUCCAAACAUAAGAAGAAGAAAACAUUAAACAGCGAGCGUGACCGAGGUGCUACUUUACACCUCAGUCAAAGUCAUACGUCGAUGUUUGACAGAACGCCCAAGGUUAUAGACGAAGCCUAUAUUCUUAAGGUUCUGGAGAAUUUAACGAAGUUAUCAAAAAAUGUUCCUAACAUUAAUAAGGAUAUUAAUAACUUUUACAUGAAGUUACGGAAAAAACAUGUAAAAAUGUCUACAACUACAAGUAAAACAAACAGAUUGGGUUUGUUGGGGAAGAUUUAUAAAGAAGAUUCUUUUGCCAAAGGCGCUGAGGAGAUCGAAACUCAAUUCGACGAAACGAUAUGUCCAAGGGCUGUAACAUUCCUUACCAGAGAUACAGGAACAAGCACCAGCGAAUAUCAUAUCAACAAAGACGUCAGUGACAAAGCCACGGGCCUAAUCUUAAAAACGGAAAAUCUGUGUAAGUGUAUCCAAGUCGGCGUAAAUGAGGACAAUAUCACGAGAAACACUGUUAAUGUAUCGAGAAGAAACAUAUUUUUUAACACUUACAACACGAGCAGUACCCAGACAUCAUCCUUCAGUAGUAUGUUUACUGAAGAAGAUCUUCAAACAGCGGAGCGAGCUAGAUCCAAACAAGAUUGGCCUACAGCGAAUGCCACUAAAGAUUGCGCUAUCAGUGCUAUAGUGAAGUCGAUGUGGGACAAAGCUGACAGCUCGCAGAACUUCCGCUUUAAGAAAAGAGGUGUGAAAAGAAACGGCGAGGAAACUGUAGCGACGAAGAAGUUUAAAAACCUAAAAAAGCCAUGUCCAGAAAUAAGACAGAAUCUGAUCAAAGAGAUUGCACUUCUUCCUCCGCAACGCAAAGUGUCCACACAGUCCCAAACGGAGAAGAAGCUGCGAUGUCUUCGGAACAAACCAGCCGCGACCGAUUACCAGGUUUAUCAACUUUUCAUGAGUCGCAAGUACGAGGCUGAGAAGUCGCGUUCGAUGUUAAACUUUAUCGUCAGGAGCGACCUGAGCGAUGACCUCAAAACCCUCUACCGAUGUAGUAGCGACACUUCCUACAUUUCCGGACUGGUCAGUCCGACGCCCGCCCGAGGGCCUCAGGCUGGCUUCGUGGCCGGAACUCCCGGGGGGCGCUUUGCAGGAUGGAUCCUCGAGGCCGGCUGUCCCUUGGAGAGCGCGUCCCGCGAGCUCGGCCAGGCGCAGCUGUCCGUGCAGCAGCUGCAGCGACUGCUGGCGGCCAUCGAGCUGCAACAACAGCAGCACCACGACACCGAUGUGUCGCUGGAGGGCGCGUCUCCCAAUGUCAAGAAGGACAGGCGGAAGUUCGGGCUGCGCAAGAAGAAAUCGUCGGGCAAGUGCUCGUCGGCGGAGCUGCAGGCGCCGCACGGGGAGCUGGCCGCCUCGCACAUGUGCCUGUCCACGGUGACGGCGCCCCCGUCCCCCGGCGGCGGCUCGGCCUCCGUCCCGGCCUCCGCGGCCUCGCUGCCCAUCGUUUUUCUUUCCACAUUUCUGGCCUCGACCUUAGUUCCGUGUGCGGCCACUCGCCCGCAAUCCCUGCCGGGGGCGGAGUCUCUGCCGCCUGCGCCUCUGUCCAGCCUCACGCCGGACCAUCAGCUGCGGGAGGACUUCACGGUGCUGGCAAAGGACCUGGUCGCCAGCCUCAAGGGCGUCGUCGCCACACUGUCCAGGGAGCGCGCCCGCGUCCGCUCGGAGGGCGAGGCCCCGCCACUGGUCGCGUCGCUGCGGUCGGACCUCUCCACGGCACUACACCUCAACUCCGUGUGCGCCUCCCCAGAGCUGCGGUCCAGACUCGCGCGCAUACACGACGCCUCCGACCUCGCGGACGUGUCGGCCGCCAACGCGAGUCGCCAGUUCCAGCAGUCGUUGAGCUACAGCUCGUCGUGCGUGUCCGCCUCCGAGUUCUUCGACGCGGAGGAACACGACGAGCGCCACGGCGACCCGCACGACGACCCGCACGGCGACCAGCUCCUCAACGCUGGCGAGCAGACCGGAGUGAUCGAGCUGGACGGGGACUCGUCGUCGGAGGCGGGGUCGCUCAGCUCCGAGGACGGGUCGGCUAGCUCCGACAACUCGGACGCUAACAUGAUAACGGUGGUGUCGGAGCCCCGGCCGUCUUGGUCCCGCCGCAGCCGUCUGCCGAGUCCGCGGCCGGAGCCCGGCGGCCCGAGCCUCUGGAACCUGUUGUGCAAGAACAUCGGCAAGGACCUCAGUCAGGUGUCCAUGCCCGUCACCAUCAACGAACCCCUGAACAUGCUGCAGCGUCUCUGCGAGGAGCUGGAGUACUCGGAGUUGCUGGACGCGGCGGCGGCGUGUCCGGACGCGGCGGAGCGCGCGGCGCUGGUCGCGUCGUUCGCGGUGAGUGCCUACGCCUCCGCCGCACAUCGCGCCGCCUCCAAGCCCUUCAACCCGCUGCUGGGGGAGACGUACGAGUGCGUGAGACACGACCGAGGAUUCAGCUUCGUGGGCGAGCAGGUGUCCCACCACCCGCCCGUGUCCGCCUGCCACGCCGCGUCGCCGCGCUGGCUGUUCUGGCAGGAGGCGCGCAUCAAGACCAGGUUCUGGGGCAAGUCCAUGGAGUUCCAGCCGGCCGGCCGCGUCCACGUGCGCCUCGCGACGACUGGCGACCACUACAGCUGGAACAAGGUCACCACCUGCGUCCACAACUUGUUCGGGGGACAGCGCUGGGUCGACCAGUACGGGGACAUGCAUAUCGUCUGCCACGGCACAGACGUGUCGUGCAAACUGAACUUCAUAAAGGCGUCGUCGUGGUCCAGCGGUCGCCACGAGGUGCGCGGGACGGUGUCGUGCGGGGGCCGGCGGGUCCGCCUAUCGGGUCGCUGGUCCGAGGCCCUGUACGCAGGCGAGCCCCCGGCCGCUCGCUGCCUGUGGCGGCCGGGCGCGAUGCCCGCCGACUACGAGGCCUACUACGGGUUCACGAGGUUCGCGACCGAACUCAACGAGAUGGAGCCCGGCAUGGAGGACGUGCUGCCUCACACGGACACCAGGCUCAGACCGGACCAGCGCGCGCUCGAAGACGGCGACGUGGAGAAGGCGGAGCGGCUCAAGCACGAGCUGGAGCAGGCGCAGCGGGACCGCCGCAGGGAGCAGCCAGAACACGCGCCCGUCUGGUUCCGCAAAGAGUACGAGGGCGGCGAGGAGACGUGGCGGUUCACGGGCGAAUACUGGACCGCCAGGGAGAAGGGCUUCCCCGACCUGACCGCGCCGCGACUCUGGUGACGACCGCCGCUCGCUGGAGACCGGCAGCGCGCGUGUGAGGUGCUCUGCUAGAGGUUGUGCCGCUUCGCUUACAUCGCUUCGUAUAGUUAGGCCCGGCGACCGGCCCCCCGGGUCCCGCGCCGCUCGCGCUGCUGGUGUCCUCGCUGCGCCCGGUCGCUGUUGAUGUGCUACGUUUCGUUCUGUACCGCGCCGCCGUUAUCAACGCAGCCCUCACCAUCCAACUUGUCCCUGUAGCCACCGCAUGUACUGCUAUCGUUCUCGUGCACCGGUCGCUCUCAGCGUCGCCGCGUCCUGUUCCCUACCGCCCCAGCUGACCGCCCGCCCCAGUUGACCACCCGCUCCAGCUGACCGCCCGCUCCAGCUGAGCGUCCGUCGGUCCGUUCGUGUAUAUUUUUCGAGUCAUGUUUAUUUGUUAAGGUUGAAGGCGUUCGUUUGAAUCAAUGAGACAUUGUAUUUGUUAUUGUCGAGGGUCCGAAGCGCCGCGUCCGAGUCUCGACAGUCGUAGUUCCCAUCUAAUAUAAACUCUUAUAUAUGAUGCAACCAUUUUGCACAAAAUUAUCAAAAUGUAUUUGUCAGGUCCCCCCCUCCACCGUUCCCCUCCCCCCUUCUCUCUCCCACUCGUAUGUUAUAAGGCUUCCACUGAGCGCGUGUUCGUGACCGCUUCCCGCGAGCCGUUCCGCAGUACAAGCAAGGUGACAGCGGUCGUCGGUGUCGUGUCAGCGUCGCUGGCAGGAAGAGCAGCUGUGGAGAGCCGCCCGGGGCCGCACGCGACGGAGAGCCGCUAUGAAUUGACAAUAAGAUAGUUCGGAGUUAGGUCGACCGCCGCACUGAGCGUCCCGAGUGCUCACCCUAUACACGAGUUGGUUAGGUUAACGUAUUGUAGUGAGCCGUGUGCCCCCCGCGCCCGCGCCGGCCCCCUGCCGGUGGUGGCAGGCCCUUGGCGGCAGGCCCCCGUCUGCCGCGUGCCGCGCCGGAAGGGUGCGGGUCUCAGCGUUGCGUCGUUCGUUUGCGAAGUUAAAUGAUUAUUAUAGUAGUCGGUAAGCCCGCCCCGCCCGCGAGCCGGCGGCGGCAGGCGCGGCGACGCUCGUGUUAAUAUUACUUUGACAUUAUAUGAUAAUGUUCGUGUUUCCGGUCGAGAUCCAGUUUUUAUGUAACUAUAAAUAUAUUUAAUAAAUCGCUUCGACUGUUA